GAGCGCCCCCUGGCGGCGGGAGGACCGCGGUGUUUCUCCGGGAGAGGGUGAGGUCGGAGCGGAGUUGCCGCGCGGGCCGCAGUGUUGGCAGUGACGGGUCAGAGCCAUGGGAGACAGCGAUGACGAGUACGAUCGGAGGCGCCGGGAUAAAUUCCGUCGGGAACGGAGCGACUACGACCGUUCCCGAGAGCGAGACGACCGACGGAGAGAUGAUUGGAACGACAGAGAGUGGGACAGAGGGAGAGAGCGGAGGAGCCGUGAGUACAGGGACUAUGACCGAGGCAGAAGGGAGCGGUUCUCUCCCCCACGACAUGAGUUGAGCCCUCCCCAGAAACGGGUGCGAAGGGAAUGGGAUGACCAUGUCGCUGACCCAUAUCAUGCCGGCUAUGAGAUGCCAUACGGUGGUGGGGGUGGUCCCAGCUACGGUCCCCCUCAGCCCUGGGGUCCCCCUGAUCUGCACAUGAUGCAGCAACACCACGGCAUCCCCAUCCAGGCCAGGUGAGGUUAUACACGGGGCUACACCACUGGGAU